AUGAAAGGCGUUCCCAUUCCGUCGAAGGAUCCGUACUUCAAUUUAGGUGAAUAUCGUCGCAACAUCUCGGCAUCCAACGAUGAGUCUCGUCACUGGUUCAACCGUGGCUUGAUAUGGUGCUACAGCUUCAACCACGAAGAGGCGGUGUACUGCUUCGAACAAGCGCUGUUGCACGACGAAAGUUGUCCUCUGGCAUAUUGGGGUCUGGCAUAUGCGCUUGGUCCAAACUACAACAAGCCUUGGGAAUUCUACGACGGCGACGAGCUUCGCAGAACCGUGGAGCGGACCCACGAGGCAGUCCUGAAGGCCAGCAAGCACGCCGCCGAACGUGGCUCUGACGUGGAGAGGGCCUUGUGUGAUGCCAUCGUAAAGCGAUACCCGGAGAAGAAACCCGGAGAGGAUCUGACGAUUUGGAACGACAGCUACGCCGAGGCCAUGAGACGGGUGCACACGCAGUUUCCCACAGAUCUCGACGUCGCCGCGCUCUGUGUGGAUGCGCUGAUGAAUCUGAAGCCUUGGCAAUUGUGGGACAUCAAGACGGGCGAGCCGUCGCCCGACGCGCCGACGAGAGAGGUCAAGGGCAUUCUUGACGAUGCGCUCAAGCUGCCCGGUGCUUUGGAGCACCCCGGACUGCUGCAUCUGUACAUACACUUCUGGGAGAUGUCGCCACACCCAGAGAACGCGUUGGCCAUCUCAGAUGGCUUACGCAGUCUUGUGCCGGACGCCGGCCAUCUGCAGCACAUGCCAACGCACUUGGACGUGCUCUGUGGGGACUACAGACGGGCAAUUGCUUCAAACCUGCAGGCAGCUCGUGCGGACGAGGCCUUCCUCGCCAAACGAGGAGGUGUCAACUUCUACACGCUGUACAGAUGUCACGACUACCACUUCGCCAUCUACGCCGCGAUGCUGGGAGGGCAGUCCAAACUCGCCCUGUCUCUGGCGUCGAGGCUCGAAAGUACAAUCACGGAAGACCUACUGCGCCUCACGUCCCCCCCAAUGGCCGACUGGAUCGAGUCUUUCAUAGCGGUGCGUGUCCACGUGCUCGUCCGCUUUGGAAAGUGGCACGACCUUCUGGAUCUGCCCGUUCCGUCAGACUCGCAGCUGUACUGCAACACCACCGCCAUGGUGUACUACGGCAAAGGCGUAGCGGCCGCCGCGCUGGGCCGGGUCGAUGACGCGGUUGCGUAUCGAGACAGGUUCCGCGACGCGGCCGCCCGCGUGCCGGAAUCGCGCACGCUGUUCAACAACAGGUGCACGGACAUACUGCAGAUCGCUGCGGCGAUGCUCGAUGGCGAGAUCGCGUAUCGAAAGGCGGACUACGAGGCUGCCUGGACGUCGCUGCGCACGGCCGUCGAACGGGACGACACGCUCCCCUAUGACGAGCCAUGGGGCUGGAUGCAGCCGGCACGACAUGCGUACGGCGCUCUCCUGCUCGAGCAAGGAAAGGUGGAGGAGGCUUGCGAGGUGUACGCUGCUGAUCUGGGUAUGAACGACACCUUACCGCGGCAGUUGCAGCACUUGAACAACGUGUGGGCGCUGCACGGCUUCCACGAGUGCCUGGUCCGUCUUGGUCGGACUUCGGAGGCGAACGUGCUACGUCCACAGCUGAAGCUUGCGCUGGCUUUUGCCGAUGUCGAGGUCAAGUCAAGCUGCUUCUGUAGGCUUAACACGACUUGA